AUGCAAUAUUUAACUGUUCUUACCCUUGCAGGGUGGCUGGGCAUCGCCUUUGGCGAUGCCGUUGCGGCCAACAGUAACCUUGCCUCUGUCGGGAGCGAAGUGCAAACGGAAGUACAAGGCGAGAGCGCCUUGUCGGUUGGUUCAUGGACUACAGGAGAUCUCCACGACUACGCAACGGUUACCGCAAAUCUGCCUUCUGAUCAUCAUGCAAAUGCAGGCAUGUCUGCUGGGUUUGCAGACUCUGCUGCCCCCAAAUUUCCCACCACAAUCUCCUCAGAAGAAUCACCAUACCUUCUUGCCCCUAAGACCAUUCAAUCAAACGUGGCUCCCGAACGGCCUUCACCACAAAGGAGCAACGUGAGCAGACGACGCCCCCUCCACACCUUCGGCGCCGCUGCUAUUCUUUUUAUAGCAUGUUUGGGGCUGCUCGCAGGCAAAUAUAUGGGCGCUUUUGGGGACAAAAAGAAAGAAGAACAGCCACAGCCCGAGCAGCAACAGCAAGCCACGAACUACGGGGACCUAACAAAGCAGUUGAAUGACCUGGAGGAUAUGCAUCCACUUGCUGUCUGGUUGACAAAGGUCACGAACUCUCGGGAGUCUCGCUCUGCUCUGCUAAACUUCUGCAAAAGCAUGGAGCAGGCCAAGCAGGUGCAGGGAGAGGUCUCUGCCGGCUCGUGGGACUCUGUGAAUUCGCCGCCGGAAGCUGUUAUGCAGGAGGCUUUGGAGAAUGGCAUCUCCGAGCUGUCUCGUCUGGUUGAGGCAGCACGAGAACACGGGCUUUUUCUUGUGCAAAGGGCGCUGACAACUCCUUCCCCUGCUCAGCAAUGGAAGCAGGGGCUGAAUACCCUGAGCGGGGUGGACUUACCCGCCGCAGCAUCCCUCGCACUUUAUUUUGAAAGGCUUGAUUUUUCUUGCACCGCCUUUAAGCGGCACGCAGAAAAGGUCGAGGAAGAAUUGCAGUCGCUGCCGGUCUUCAAAGGAGCGGAGGACGCGCAAGUGCUGCGUGCUGUUGCUGCAGAGGUGGAGCUCGCUAAAACAGCGUAUGAGGUUGUAGAUAUGGGUUGGCGCUCUACAAUGGGCUUGGAAUCAACUGCAAAAUCAUUGGUGAUGUCACGCUUUGCAUGGAAGCAGAUGCGCAUCUACAGGGAGUGCCGUGACUGCCUGCAGGAACGGCUAGCCCUGUGCAGCGCAGAGAGAGAGCGGCAGAAGUCUCUCCCUCAAGAGGACACUGCCGCCUUAGAGGAGCUCGAUGCGGUGCAAAAUGAGCUAGAAACUGGAAGACGGCUGCUGGAUGCGUUCAAGGCCGAGAUUGAACAGCUGCAGAAGAGAAGAGACAUCGAAUCUGCACAACCAGCGAUACAGCUAACUGAAGAACUGGGACAGGAGAUAAAGACCCUUCUGGAAGAAGCGUCCAUCCAUAUGCGUUCCAUCGGCGAUAUUGCAAAUGCAGAAGAGGCUUUAAACGGAGGAAUGCGAACACGGAUGAAGGCAGCGGCCUCGAGGGCAAGUGAGGAGGCCGCAGUAGUGGGCAGGAGAGUGGCAGAUAUCCUAAUGGAAGCGGAUCUGGGGGCGCAGCUCCUUUAUGAUACGUCGGAAAUGACACAGGCUGAUGCGCCGGGGAGCUCCGUGAGCAAAGCAGUGCUUGACCCUAGCUUGCUGAAGAAGGUGACGGAAUCCCUUCAGCAACUCGAAGACGAUGCCAAGACGGCAGCUCGCGAUUUUUCCACGGCAGCAGUUGGACCUGCAAUGGGAUCAUCACAGGCUGUUGGAAUGGAAACGAUAAUUACAGAUAACCUCGCCCGGAAGGCAGACGAGUUGUUGUUGCAGGCGCAGCUCUUGGAAUCUGCUGAACUCGACCUGAGGCUUAGCUCCAGGCUGUCGGACAGAAUGGCAUCUCUCGUUGGAGCAGGAGCCCUAGACCCUCCAGCGGGAGCCCUGGGGGUACUCGAGCUUUCUUCUCCAAGGAAACGAGAGUUUGAAGCAACCUUGGAUAAGGUGAAGGGCUACAAGGAUAUGUUCAAUUCGCUACAGGAUUCUGGUGAAAUAGUGGAAAUAACAGCAGCAAUGAAAGGGGCAGUCUUAAGUAGCGUGGGAGUAGUAGAGCAGGAGCUGGCUGACUCGAACGCACAGAUCAAGUACUAA